UGAUCAUGAUACAUUUGUUUUCAGUGCUUUGAUGAUAUCUGAAUAUAUUUACGAAUGACACGGAUAUAUUAUAGAAUAUCUGAUACGAGGAGAUUGUAAAAGAUGGGAGCUUAUCUGUCCACUCCAAAUACUGAAAAAAUAUCCAUUGACAAAAUCUCCAAAAGGUUUUGCUACGGUGCUUCCUCUAUGCAAGGAUGGAGAGUUUCACAAGAGGAUUCACACAACUGCAUUGAUGACUUGGAUGAAGAUACUGCUCUCUUUGCUGUUUAUGAUGGACAUGGAGGAUCUGAAGUUGCCCAGUACUCGUCACUUCAUUUUCCUGAUUACAUCAAGCAACAUCCCCUUUUCAAAGAAGGCAAACUGAAGGAGGCACUAGAAAGUGCAUUUCUUGGAUUUGACCAGAAAUUGCUAGAAAAGGAAGCCUUGGAUGAGAUGAGAAUUUUAGCUGGAAUAGACGAAGAGGAGGAUGAAGAAGGUGAAACUUCCAAUACUUUUAAACAGUCUAAAAGGAAAAUGAAAUCGGAAGCAGAUCUUUUGCGAACAGAGGCUGACAUGCCUUUGGAAGAUUUAUUAGCAAAGUAUGAAGGACUUCCACAGCCCAGAUUACUAAAGAGAAAUCGUGGAAGUGCAAAAGUAAAUUCUCCCAUGUUAAAAGGGAAGAAGGAGUCUAAAUUUACGGCAAUGUGUGCAGUAGAAACAGAAGAAGCAGGCAGCUCUGCUGAUUCAGAAACUUCCUGGACAAGAGAUAAGCUGGCCAAUGGACAUGCAGAGAAUGAAAACAAUUUAAACAGGGAGAAAGAGCAAAAUGAAAGUAAUCAAAUGUUGAAUGAUCAAAAUGAAUGUGAAAGUGAGGACCUCAAAUUGGAUGUUAAAAACCCAGUAGAUAGUACUGUAGGUUCUUCAUCUAGUUUUCAGCAGUGUGUAUCUUCUAGUUCAGAUGGACCCUCUAAGUCUGAAGAAUCAGCAGGGUCAAAAUCGGACAGUAGUGACAUUAAGCAAGAACCUUCAGUGGUAGACAGUGUAUCCUCAUCCUCAUCACAUUCAUCUGAAACCUUAAAUCCUGACAGUAAUUCAAACAGCCAGUCAGAGAGUGUCAAUAUAUCUGAUUGUUCUGAUAAAGUAGUGAACACCUCUGAUGCAACAGAAAAAUCUGUAGAAAUGGAGGAGUCUGUAAAAUCCAAUUCCAGUCCAGGGAAAGGGAAGGGAAAAGGAAAGGGAAAAGGGAAAUCAUCCAACAAAUCAGCAGAAAAAACAAGUUCUUCUACAUCCAUGGAUACCUCAGUAACAGACGCAAAGCCUUCUUUCUUUCUGGAAGAGUCAAAGAAGGAAGAAGAUGGUAAUGAAGAUGAAGAUCAAGAAGAGGAGGAGGAGGAGGGUAUUGAGAAGCAGUUGGAGGAGGAGUUUGACAGUGAGGAAGAGGAAGAUGAGGAAGUAGAAUUUGACAGUGAGGAAGAAGAUGAUGAUGAGGAGGAAGAAUCUGAAGAAGAAGAAGAGGAGUCAGGAGGAUGGGGCCUUUUUUCAGAGGAUUCAACCCAAGAACCUGGUCAGGAAAGUGGUUGCACUGCCAUUUUAGCCCUUAUACGAGACAAAGAGAUAGUUGUGGCUAAUGUUGGAGAUUCCAGAUGUGUGCUCUGUCGUGGCGGUAAGGCUCUGGAUUUGUCAGUAGACCACAAACCAGAGGAUGCUUCAGAACGGGAAAGGAUAGAGGCAGCAGGGGGCAAAAUAACAGUGGAUGGGCGAAUCAAUGGUGGUCUAAAUCUUUCCAGAGCACUGGGUGACCAUUUCUACAAAAGAAAUAAAGAGAAGAGUGAUAAGGAACAGAUGAUCACUGCCCUCCCUGAAAUAAUGAUUGAAACAAUACAGGAGGAGGAUGACUUCAUGGUGCUGGCUUGUGAUGGAAUCUGGAAUUAUAUGACAAGCCAAGAAGUGGUAGAUUUUGUCAGACAAAGAUUAAAUAAACCUGAAUUCCAAGGCAACCUGUCCAGAAUAUGUGAAGAGCUAUUUGACUAUUGUCUUGCUCCCAACACAUAUGGUGAUGGCACAGGAUGUGACAAUAUGACUUGCAUUAUAGUCAACUUCAAAGAAAAUCUUAGUAACAAGAGAAAUUCCAGCACUCUUGAUACCAGUAUAGAGGGCCAGCCUGAAAAAAGACCAAAACUGGACGUUGAUGAGACUACCCAGGGUUUCACUCCUAGUGAGCUUGGGGGUUUUGAGACUGAUAAAUAAGGCAGAGAAAAUGUUAGUCGAUUUCAUAUAGUUUUCAUGUAUCAUAUACAUUGAAAUUUUAUAGUAUGUUUGUUUUUAUUACAGUCAAAAUUAUUGCAUCCAUUUGUGAAUUUCCUGAGUAAUAAACUUAUUAUGGUCGUG